AAAGCACAAAAUUGCAGGGUGCGUGCUGAUUAUUAUAUGCAUUCUAUAAUUUGAUUUAUAGGAAAAGCCAUAAACUUCCAGAUUUUCAUUUUAUUUCAUAUUUUUAUAUAUUCUUUGCUGGUGUCUAGGUUGCAAAAAUGAAGUUAACAACUUUGAUUGCAGUCGGCGUUCUUGUGGCAAUGUUUGCAAGCGUCUCUUGGGCAGAUUCCUCGUCCUCGGAAGAGAGGGAUCGCUAUUACGAAGGCUAUGGGCGAGGUUAUCCCUCAGAGAACAUCCAACAGGGUGGCCGUUACUUUGGCGACAGAGACCUUGACCGUCGCCACCACUUCCAUCGUAAUCCUUUUCGAGAGGACCGUCACUACUACAAUGUGCACGGAGGGAGACCUAGAUACGUGAAUAGGGACAGCAGCGAUUCAGCAUCUAUUGACUGGGAUGAGUUUCUCAUAGCUUUGUUAAAUGACCUAUUUUAGAAGAAACAGAAAGAAGAGGUGCUCUCCAAUGAGUGUCGGGAUAUGUAACAAUAAUCCAAACUGACAACAUGAUUUUCUAACUGACAACACUAUUUUUCAACUGACAACAUUAUUUUCAACGUUACAACAUGUUUUAAAAUAAACUAUUUUACAAUUUCAAAGUCAAUAAAAUAUUUAAAUCCUAAAA